AUGGCAGCGGAGAAAGCUGAGAUCGAAAAACUGAAAAAGGAGUGCGACGGCCUCCGCAAACAGAUUGAGACGGCGCGUAAAGCCGUGAACGAUGGCGACAUGAAAGGAGCCUCGUCAGGAGUGGAAUCUGUGGGACGCGUUCAGCUCAAAAAGAGGAAAGACCUCAAAGGACAUCUCGCCAAAAUCUACGCCAUGCACUGGGCCGCUGAUUCCAGACAAAUGGUCAGUGCGUCACAGGACGGAAAGCUGCUCAUCUGGGACACCCACACAGGAAACAAGUUGGUGGCAGUGCCCCUGAAGUCGGCCUGGGUCAUGAGUGUAGCCUUCGCGCCAUCCGGGAACCUUGUGGCGAGCGGUGGUCUGGACAACAUGUGCACUGUGUACAACGUGAAGGCGGCAAGUCCCAAGACGCUGAGAGAGCUGGAUGCGCACACAGGUUACUUGUCCUGCUCCCGGUUCCUCAGUGAUUCAGAGAUUCUGACGGCCUCUGGAGACACCACCUGCUGUCUCUGGGACCUGGAGACCGGGAAGCAGAAGGUGAUCUUCACAAAUCACAUCGGGGACUGCAUGUCUCUGGCCCUGUCCCCCGACCAAAACUGCUUCAUUUCUGGAGCCUGCGACUCUCUGGCCAAACUGUGGGAUGUCCGAGAGGGCGCAUGCAAGCAGACGUUCAGCGGCCACACUAGUGACAUCAACGCCAUUGCGUUCUUCCCCAGCAGUAACGCGAUCAUCACCGGCUCAGACGACACAUGCUGUAAGAUGUACGAUCUGCGAGCCGACCAGGAGGUGCUGCACUACCAGGACUCAGGUCUGAACGCAGGGGUCACCUCUCUGGCUCUGUCCAGCUCCGGACGACUCAUCUUUGCCGGAUAUGACGACUUCAACUGCCACAUCUGGGACACACUGAAGGGAGAGAGAGUUGGUGUCUUGUCCGGACACGACAACCGUGUGAGCUGCACUGGAGUCCCAGAGGACGGCCUGGGUGUGUGCACCGGCUCCUGGGAUAGCUUCCUCAAACUCUGGAACUGA